CAAAUGAAACUUAAACUCGGAACGCUUCAGGAAGUAUGACAACAUUCCAAAGCAAUGCUGCAAAAGAAUUAAAAAGUUAGUUAGACGCCAUGACAGGUCACGUGAUGUAAAUUUUCGUCGGACAUGCGCGAUAUCGCUGAAUUUUUCAAGUGAUUUUGAAAUGAUAUUCAGUGCAAAAGUGUUUAGUGCCUAAGUAAAGCCUAUCUGUGAUUGAAACAGUGUUUAUUUAAAAACGGUGUAAUAAUAAUUAGAGUGUGUUAGUGGAGUCAGUGAGUGGUGCCAUGCUGGUCUGUAGAACUAUCGCGUGUGGUAACAGGGCAGACUUCGUCAAGUGAAAACUGCUGGUACAGGAGCAACGAUGGCGCACUACCCUCAACCAGCAAACUUGGAGGCGGCGCUGCCGCUCCUCAACAGACCGGACCUUCGUCUCCGGCAGCAGCUCGGAGACCAGCUCACCGCGCUGGUGCGCAAGGAGCCGGAGAUCACACAUGAGCUAGCCGCACAAAUCCUGGACUCCAUGGUAGCCUGGCUCAAUGGUGGUAAUUUUAAGGUGGCCCAGAAUGCCCUAGAGGUGCUGACGGCGUUGGCGGAGCGCAUGGGACCGGAGUUCUCACACUACGUGCCCACCGUGCUGCCGCAUGUUAUUGACAGACUAGCGGACACGAAGGAGGCGGUGCGGCACACGGCGCGCACGUGCGUGUCGACGCUGGGCACGUCGCGCGCCGCCAACGCGCGCGGCCUGCUGGCGCGCCUGGCGCCCGCGCUCGCCCACAAGGCGCCCCACGCCCGCGAGGAGGCGCUGCGCUGUAUACAGGCCUUGCUUGAGAACCACGGCGCUACAGAGCUACAGCUGCGCGCGGCGGUGCCGAACCUGGCGGCGCUGGUGGGGGACCCCAGCGCGGCCGUGCGGGACGCCGCCAUGCAACUGCUCGUCGACGUCUACAGGCACGUCGGCGAGAGACUAAGACAAGACUUGAAGAAGAAAGAGUUGCUGCCCGCGCAGAAGUUCGCGCUGCUCGAGCAGAAGUUUGACGAGGCGAGGGAAGCUGGACUUCUCCUGCCUACUGCGACAGCGGGCGCGGACGAACCAGACUUCAUAUCCCGGACGGUGAAACGUACAAUGACGAUACCGACGUCGGCGCGGUCGCGAGACGGCGACAGCUCCGGAGCUUCCACGCCAGCGUGCGAGGCGCCGAAGCGUACCGUGGCCGGCCUGUACAGUCUACCAUCAGCUAGCAGGAAGCCGCCGCCUGCCAAGAUUACCAGUGCUGCCAGUGUAUCAACAGCGACCCACGCGUCAGCGACGGGCGAGUCGGGCGCCGGCGCGGUAUCGUCGGAGGCGUUCGAGGCGGCCUUCCUGUCGUCGGCGCCGGCCGCCGUGUACGGGCCGCGCGGGCUCGACGACCUCUGUCGCCACGCCGCCGCGCUGCUCGGCGACAGGGCCGCGGAUUGGGAGAAGAGGGUCGAUGCUCUAAAAAAGAUCCGCUCCCUCCUGACGGCCAACGCGCACCAGCAGUACCCGACGGAGUUCGCGGCGCACCUCAAGGACCUCUCCGUACCGUUCCUCGUCGUCAUCAAGGACCUCCGGAGUCAGGUGGUCCGCGAGGCGUGUAUAACGAUAGCGCACAUGGCCAAGGUGUUGCGCAACAAGAUCGACCAGUUCAGCCUGUACAUACUGCAGGAGCUCAUCAACCUCAUACAGAACGCUGCCAAGGUGGUAUCGUCAGCGGGCACGGUGUGCGUGCGCUACAUCGUGACGUUCGUGCACUCGCCGCGCCUGCUGCCCGUCAUCGUCACCAACCUCACCACCAACAAGUCCAAGGAGAUACGCUCCACGCUCAGCGAGGUGCUGGUCCUGAUGCUGGAGAAGUGGCCGGCGCAGACCAUCGAGAAGCAGCAGGCGGCCGUGCGGGACGCCAUCCGCCGCGCAUGCGUCGACGCAGACAGCACCUGCAGGACCUACGGACGCAGAGCGUACGCGGCGUACAAGCGGCACUUCCCGGAGGACGCGGAGCAGUUGUUCGCGCGGCUGGACUCGGCCGCGCAGAAGCAGAUCGAGCGCGAGCGGAACAUCGGCAGCCUCGACAGUCUGCAGCAUGUCGGCACUGAAAGAAGAGUUAUAACAAGUCCCAGGAGUCCAUCGGCGAGUGUAUCAGCGUCGACUGAGAACCUAGUGUCGGGCGUGAGUAGGUCGGGGUCGCUGCGCAGGCGCCGCGCCUCGCACGAGAGGCCGCCCGUCUCGCAUAUACCCGUCGCUAUGGGCAGAGAUGGUACAGCUAUACUAAACUGACAUUUGCGAGUCGUCUCUGCGCUGGACGCGGCGGCGGCGCAGCGCGCGCGGGCGCGGGCGCUGUACUCGCACAUGGGGCGGAACAAGGUGCCGCCCACCGCCAGUCUGCCCCGUGCCAAGCGGUCCCCGGUGGCGUCUAGCGGCGUCCCCCCCAGUCCGGAGCGGUCCGUCGGUCGCUCGCGGUCCCGGCCUGGCGUGUCCCAGUCACAACCGACAUCGCGAUCAUCGUCCCCCUCGUCCCGCAGCAGCGGCCCCCUGUCGCUGGCCAGCGCGCGCCGCCGCCCGUCCGGCAUCCCGCGCUCCCUGGCCGGCUCCAGGGAGACCAGUCCCACCAGGAGUGGUCGGUCGAGCAGCGUGGUGGGCGCUACGGUCCGCCGGCGCGAGUCCAUGGAGCGCACGGCGCCCAGCCGCGCGCCCGCCGCCACGCUGCGCCUGCUGCAGCAGACCAGGGACGCCGAGGCACUGCUGCGGAGUCCGGAAGACAGUUCAGCAUGCGAGGGUGGUCGCGGUCGGGAUGAUGACUCGGAGGCGUCCAGCGUCUGUUCCGAGCGCAGCCUCGACUCGUACAGGAGACAUGAUUCAGUAUCGUGGUCGGGCUCAGCGUCCCGCCUGGGGUGGGAGUGUGGGUCCCCACCCCCUCCCCCGCCGCCGGACGACAUCAUCGCCCUCUGUGCCUGCACACACUGGACUGAACGGAAAGAUGGACUUACGCAUUUGGCGAACUACCUGAACAGCGGUCGGCUGCUGACGGACGAGCAGCUGCGGCGCCUGACGGAGCUGCUGAACAAGAUGUUCGUGGACGCGCACACCAAGGUCUUCUCGCUGCUGCUGGACGCCGUCUGCGAGCUGCUGCUGGUGCACUGGCAGCAGCUCAAGGACUGGCUCUAUCAGCUCAUGUUUAGACUACUAAUGAAACUGGGCACCGACAUCCUGGGCUCCGUACAGAGUAAGAUCAUGAAGACACUGGACGUCAUCCACGAGUGCUUCCCUGCAGAGCUGCAGCUGCAUAAUAUAUUCAGGUUCCUGGCGGACGGGGCGACGGCGCCGACGCCUAAGACGAAGGCGGCGGCGCUGCGGUUCCUGGCGGACCUGGCGCACGACUACUGCACGCCCAACUCGCUCGCACUCGCGCUGCACGGCGGAGCGACAGGAGUAGCGGGUCGUGCCCUGGUGAAGGUAUCUGCCCUAGCGGCCGACCCGCGCGCCGCCGACGUGCGAGUGUGUGCUCGGCGGGCACUGGCCUCGCUGUACGACUGUAAUCCUGUACCCUUCACGGCGCUUAUGAGCGAGCUGCCAGCGGAGACGCAGGCGCUGGUCAACGGAGUGGUACAACAACAUGUACGGCGGACUUCCAGCACAGGCUCGGACAGUCCGCUGCGCACGGUGAGCGGCGCGUCCAACUCGGGCGCGGACGACGUGUACUCGCGCAUACGGAAGACUACCUCCGAGAUACACACCUACACCGCGCAGCAUAGCAACGCGGAGUGCGGCAACCACAUGUCGAGCAAGGAUUCCGGCAUCAGCCAGAUGUCGGACGUCACGCUCUCCAACAAGGGACACAACGGGGUGCCCAACGGACACUACACCGCUGAGACGCUAAACCGCGCGGCGUCGGCGGACAGUUCUGAAGAGGCCAACAGUACGAAGGAGUCGUCGCCCGUACCCGCGCACCACCGGCUCGACUUCCAUACACACGGGGAGUUUAACUCUAGUCAGCUGGGCCGCGACAAGAUCCGCCCGUACGAGACCGACGAGAACGGAUACAUUAUUACUAAAUCGGGUCUCCGCGAGCCGGAGGUCCUGGAGGCGCUGUGCAAGCUGGACGUGGGCGCGGCGCCGCCCGAGCACUGGGAGCGGCUGUUGCUGGCCACGCACGAGCUGCUCAAGUACGGCGACUGCAGGAAGCCCGCCGAGUACUUCAAGAACAUAGUACGAGUGGCGCUGGCGGCGCUGUCCAUAGACGAGAACUCGGGAGACAAGGAGAAUACUGAAAACGCGAGCAAUGCGCAGCAGACUUCAGGUUGGGGCACAGCGAACGAGCGUGCAGCAGCUGAAGCAGUGAAGGUCCUGAUCUGGCUGUGCAGGAGGCCGGAGACCAGGCCGCAGUGGCAGGACUACUUCGACCUGAUACUCCUCAAGCUGAUCCACGCGUACGAGAGCCUCAACAAGGAAGUCAUGAGGGCGGUCGAGGCGGGCAUGCCGCAUAUUGCUAACGCUCUGCCGGCGCAACAGGUGCUAGCCCUGCUGAAGCCAGUGAUCCGUACCCGCGGGUACCCGACGUCGCUGUGCGCGCUGAAGCUGGCCGCCGAGGUGGCCAAGGCCAGGCCGCACGAACUGGCAGACGACACCGUGCAGACACUCAUGGAGGGCGUGGGCCAGUUGGCGGACCACCAGAACAGCGCGGUGCGCAAGGCGGCCGUGUUCUGCAUGGUGGCGUUCACGUUCGCGCUGGGAGAGGAGCGCAUGCAGCCGCACCUCAAGCAUCUCUCCGUCAGCAAGUACCGCCUGCUGCAGGUGUACAUCAGCAAGCAGCGCGAGGAGUCCCCCCGCGGCGGCCCCCCUCCCCCCACGUAGCGCCGGCACCGCCGCGCACACGUGCGCACGCGCAGCACGCAGACAUCGCACACGCAGACCGACUAGGGACCUUGUACCGCUCUCUUAUACUACAUGUAGGUAUUUUGGUUUUAUACAAAUACUUGAAAAGCAAGUUCUUCAAUAGUAAAAGAAGAUUUCAAAUUGGUCUAUUUACUCUCUUCUAAUAUAUUACUUCUAGAACGAAAUCUCAAUCAAAUUCUACCAUUUUACCAUAUUAGUGUAGACCUAACUAUUCCCUCGCGGUUUCACCCGCUAACCCUUCCCCCCUACCCCUUCCCCCCUAUUGAUCGUAUCAUGAAGUCAACAAGUCAAACUGUCCCACUCACAGACGUUUAAUGAUUACUUAAACUAUUCCUUAGUAACGAUUUUGUAUGGAAAACAAUUGCUAAGGACUGGGUUAAGUAACCAUUAAAUGACUAAGUAUAGCGCAAAGACUAAGCAUUUAUUUCAAUUAUUCCUGAAUUAAGGCACUUUUGAAACGACAAUUUGAAUUGUACGUCAGUCUGUCUGUCAGUGAAGCUAGGUGCUCGUUCCAAAGUGUAGCUAUGAUGUUUCAUAGCCUAUAGCCUUCCUUUUGAUAAAUGGACUAUCCAAUACAAAAAUAAUUUUCAAAUUCAAUCCAGUAGUUCUGGAGAUUAGCAAGUUCAAAACAAACAAACUCAUAAGCUAUAUAUAGUAGUAUAUAAAUAUAUAAUAGUCCAGCGGCUUUGCCCGCGUUCCCUUGAGAUAAAAAAGUAUCCUAUAUAUUAUUCCAGACCAUAAUCUACCCCUAUUCCAAAUUUCACCCCAAUCCCUUCACCCCUUUUGACGUGAUUGAGUAACAAACAUAUAGAAUCUUUAGUAUUUUAUAAUAUUAUGUACUAGCGACCCGCCCCAGCUUCGCAUGGGUGCAAUGGUGAUAUGUGAUGCAUGUAUUAUACAUAUAAACCUUCCUCUUGAAUCACUCUAUCUAUUAAAAAAACCGCAUCAAAAUCCGUUGUGUAAUUUUAAAGAUUUAGGCGUACAAAGGGACAUAGGGACAGAGAAAGCGACUUUGUUUUAUACUAUGUAGUGAUAGUAAUAUGUUUUAAAAAGAAAAUACCUACAUAUAGUAUUUAAGAAAGCUACCUACAAGUGUCAAAGAAAAAUAAAUCUUAUGAUUUUAUUAAUAAAUACCAAAAUAGGUGGACAAUGUGCUGUUAAUAUAUAACUUUAAAUAGAAACUGAUACAUACAUACUUCCAAGUUGGUUACUGAAAAUACCUUUUUUUUAUAACGUGGUUUACAGUUUUUUGGUUUUUUUCCUACUUUCGUGUUUAUUAUGAGAUUGGUUGAACGAUUAAACUUUUCAUCAGCCUAUAAGUGGCCACUGCUGACCAAAGGCCUCUUCUCACACGGAGAAGGUUUGAGCAUUAAUCACCACCCUUGCUCAAUGCGGGUUGGCGAUUUCAGACUUAUAAUUAGAAAUCAUAAGCCCAGGUUUCCUCACGAUGUUUUCCUUCACCGUUUGUCAGUGGUGUCUAAAUAAUCUUAGAAAGUACAUAUAACUCGGAAAAAGUCACAUUGGUACUUGCCGUUGGUAGGUAUCAAACCCGCAUGUUACGUCCCCCCUUUUAUGAUUAGAAGGGGGGACGUAAUCUGUCAUGUGCGUCGAUUCUCUCACUGAACAACUGUUGUUCUUGACCCGGGUAUGAUACACCCACGACACUAAAGAAAUUACUAUUAUGUAGUCAACCUUAAAAAGUUACUUUUCAACCGAAUAUAAUCACUAUUCCUUAACAACUAAAGUUCAAAAUCGUAUAACCAGUCUCCUAAUAAACAUGUCUUUUUUAUUAACAAUCUUUACUGAAGAGAAAUUAAAAAAGAAGUGUUGCGCGUGAUAUGAAAAGACUGUGACAAACGUGUGUUGGCGAUAAUGGACUGUAUUGCGAUGGGUAUAGGGGCGAGAUUCGUAUGCGCACUUGUAUGAUAGCUUGUUACCUAUAUAUGCUUGAAGAAUGAAGUUUGGACGCUCAGGUUAGUCAUUAUAAAGUCGAUUUUUCUUUGGUUUAAACGAAUUUGAGUUCUAUGGCUGUUUGAAUAAGAGUGAGAUUAGAAACAAAAGCCAAUUUUUCUCGUGGUACCAUGUUAGGAUUCACAAAGUUCAGAAUUUCUGACUUAUAUGUCUGUCUCUUUUCAACAAUCAUAUCUUGUUAUAUGCUAGACUGAGAUAGGUAUAACAAAGCUAAAUAAGGCUUAGUCUACAUUAGCACUCCAAUGAGAUCUGACACAACUAUGAUGUUAGUGUAGACUGGCCUUUAAUUUAAUUAUUUUUAUCGACCAAUGUAAAGUCAAUGUUUAUUUAACUUCUUUAUGUUCUCAAAUCCGUUGCGUAGUUUCAAAGAUUUAAGCAUACAAAGGGACAUAGGGACAGAGAAAGCGACUUUGUUUUAUACUAUGUAGUGAUUUGAAGUUUCAGUUUUAUAAUUUAUUUAAUUAGUCCAUUCUUCAAAGCAUAUUAAGACCAAAGUCAUUUCUAAUGCUAUUAUAAGGAAAGUGCUUUCGCGAUAUUCUUAUAUCUCGCCCCUUGAUACUGUAUAGUAUUGUAGUCGGCUAAAUUUGUAUAAAGUGAACUAUUUGGUAUGGUAAAAGCAUUUUGUAUGUGUGCUAGCAAUCGAUGUUGUGGCUAUGGGCUGGUGCAUUGAAUAAAUCAAUUGAAAAUGAACCUUAAUUACUGUGGUAUAUAGUUGAAAAUGUCUAAAUGAUAUUUAUUUCUGCAAGUAGGUUACAAUAUAACACUUUUACACGUUAAUAUUUGAAAUAGCUGUAAUGUGCGAACUGCUAGGGAGUGGAACUCCUUGCCGGAGUCUGUGUUUCCUGAUGGGUAUAACCUGGGUGUCUUCAAGGCCCGAGUGAAUAGGUUGCUUAUGGGCAGACGUGCUCCAUCGUAAGCCGCAUCAUCACUUACCAUCAGGUGAGAUAGCGGCCAAACGUCGACCUAUCUAUCAGAUGUAAAAAAAAUAGCUAGAUGAGGCCGGCAUUUCCUAUCCGACUACUCUGAGAAGAAAUGCCGAAACAAACUCAGAGGUCAUAGUCUCUUUUAAAGUCCAGACAAUGCUCGCUUAAGAAGCUUUGCGAUCCACUGUGCGUGCUGUUUUCUUCUGUAUGCCGUAGUAGUUAAGGUUUAUUUUAAAUUGUUUUAUUCUCAGUGUACGCUUGACCUAUGAAAAACAGUAAAAUUAUCACGGCACACUCAAAUUUUGUUUUUGUAUUGUAAUGGGAAAAUUCCCAUUCACUUGGGUGGGAUGGGAAUUCAUUAAUGGGGCUAUUGUAUUUAUUUCUUCAGUGAAAAUCUAUCAAGAUGUUUUAUUUUGUUCAAACACGGCACAGUUGGGCAACCGGCUAUAUAGCGGGUUCGAUUCCCGUACGGAGAAACUAUUUAUGUGUCACACAAAUUGCUGUUACCGGUCUGAGUGUCAUGUAUAUGUGAAUUUGUAUGUUUCUUAACUCACCCAUGACACAUAAGAAAAUCCUAGUGUAGAGCAACGUUUUAAAAAACAAAAAAAUAAAAGUUGUUCACUGAAUGACCAACAGAGACAUCUAGUGAGCAAAUAAAAACGGCAGCCCAUCCCCCCAUUGGGAAUUUUUUGUGUGUGUCGUGUUGGUUUUACUGUAAACCGCCAAAUGCUGAUGUAAAGUUUUUAAUCGGCUUCGGAGAUGUAUAGAACUAUUGUGCGAGAUAGAUAUUUCAUUCCUAGGUAUCAUUCCCCGUUUCGAACAUUUUCCCAAUCCACGGAAACUGUUCCCAUUGAAUGGAUUACACUUUAAAAAAUUGUUUUCUGUCUAAAAUUAUGUGUCUGUGCCUUCUCACAAAUUGUUGGCUUUUUUUCUUAUGAAAAUUUUGUAAAAAAUCAUGUUGAUUUUUUUUGUAAAUUAUGGUUGAAUUUUUGAUUCUUACCUGUACUGCGAUAUGAUUGUAAAUUUCCCGGUUAUUUCAUAGUAUUUUCAUGUGUAUGGCUCACAAAGGUCUAUUAAAGUAAGCGUCCACAGGCCCGCAUCGUACGCAUCGCACGCAUUGGAUUUUAGUUUGUCUUGUAUAGAAACUCAUACAACUGCGUCCACUGAUCCGCAUCGUACGGACCGCAUCGUCGGCAAUGCCUACAUGCGAUGCGUACUGAUGACGUCAUACGGAAUGCCGAUGCUAAAAAUCCGAGUGAAAGUGGGAUCGGCAAUCCGAACGCUGCCGAUACAGUGGACUCAGUCAGAAAAAUUAAUCCGUUUGAUUCGUACGAUGCGUGCAAUGCGUACGAUGCGGGCCUGUAGACGCUUACCUUUAAUCUUACUAAAAGAUUCAAAUUUCAUUUGUCUACACAUUGACUGCAAUACAACCAUUUCCCUUGAUAUAGAAUUGUAUAAGAAUCUUAUUGAAAAUAGUAGUUCCCAAUAGCUAGACUUAGUUGGGUCUUAAAGGCGUCUAAAUUAAAUUAAGCUAGAUUGUCCAGUACUUGGAAUCAUAGGGUAGUAGACGGAGUAUGAAGAUUAAACAUCUAUUUAGUCCAGUUAGGUAAUGAAAUAGUAUGAAAAGUAUUGUUAUCUUAUAUGAUAAAACAAAAAAAUACGUGUCUAAUAUUUUUUCAUUACCUAACUGACGGACUAAUUAGACUUUUAAUUUUCAUCCCUAUUCACCCAAACAUAUAAUUUAGACGCCUCUGAACUCGACAUUAAUAAAUAAAUAAGAAUCUUGAAAUGUUAAAAAAUAUAAUAGAAAAAUAUAUUUUUUCCCAAACAAGUGACAAAUAGUGUAACAGUCUGCCUUAACGUAGGACAUAAUAUUUAAAAAGUAAUAUUAAAAAAAAACUAACCAUUGUUCCCACAGCAAAACUUAAGAAAAGUUAAUAUAAUGAAAAAAAAAAAACAUUCGUGGGCUAUUUAUAUAAAAGAAACUAAUUUUAUGAAGUAAAAAGAAACAUUUUUAAAUUACACUGUUUAUGUUCAGAUUGAGUGGUGCUACUCGCGCCAUCUAUGUUUCAAAGAUGGUAUUGCCAUGUCCAAGAGAUUAUUGUGUUUAUAGAUGAUUCUAAACCCAAGUCAUUAAUAAUCUAGACCAGAGUUUAGGUCCUAGGUCUUAUCGUACUCAGUAUUUAAUGGUUACUUAAAGUUAAGGUACAAAGAGGAGAUGCCAUAAUGUGAUUGUGCACUGUGACACAAAACACGGCUUUGCCAAAUGAUGUUAUAAGUAAAAAGGUGUAGAUAGGUUAUAAGCGCUCAGAAAGUGACACAUUAAAAUGUGGACAAUUGGCAACGUGUGUGUAGUAUGGGACCGCUAGAUGGAACAUAGAGAGUCGUGGUUUGUAACGUCCCGCGCUCCCCGUAAAGUGUCACGCGUUAUGUUAAAGGGGAAUCCAGUUAUGACAUCUCUUUGUAUUUGCUUCAUACUAAACAAUCCUUAGCAAUUGUUUACUAAGGAAUAGUUUAAGUAAUCAUUAAAUGUGUCUAAGUACUAUAGAUCAUCUAUGAACACUAAAAAACUAAUCGAAACGACUAACGAUUUUGUAUAACGACUUUUAAUCGCAGCGAUUUUUUUUUUGUUAUUUAUAAAGUUUAAGAGCCAUAUGUCUUAGUGUACAUACUGAGAAGCGCUAGAAGAGUGGCAUUUGUAUAGAAAGAGAGAAAAGAACGAAGAAUUUAACUGCAGUUGCGAUAUUGAACUUUAUUGUCUCAAUGAUUCGGUUGAGAAUCGCGUGUGGUUAACUGCAGUUGUUUUGGUAAAGACAUUUUUUUGAUUUGAGAGUCUGUGGGAUGUGUAUAAAGGGUUUUUAAAAGAGCUUGUGUUUGUAUGUGAAGUGGUUCCGUAGGCGAGUCGUUGCAAUAUAGCGCUGAUUAACUUCCAAAGUUAGUAUUUCUCUUAUUUUUUCUCUUAUUUUUAGUGUUUUUCGUGUGUUUAUUUGAGUUAUUGGAGUUUUAAAUGGUUAUAUAGCGUGGUUAAACUCCAAUUGUCGCCUUUUAAAACCAAAGGAUCUAUCAAUAGAUAGAAGAUCACACUACAAUAUUAUUUCUACUACAAAUCUUAAAUUCCCCUCAAAUAAACAUACAGACAGACACGCGAACGAACUCACAAACUAUUUUAUAUAAUAAAAAUAAAAAAAAACCAUUCAUCACGUUCUUUUUUUUGUUUUUUUUUUCUUUUCCUAACGCUCGUAAUAUUUUAAGCGGUUAAGUUUUGAGGUUGGCGCGGCAAAAACUUCCUUACCCCCUUACUUAGUGUCAUUUAAUGGUUACUUAACCCAGUCCUUAGUAAUUGUUUUCAAUACAAAAUCGUUACUAAGGAAUUGUUUAAGUAAUCAUUAAAUGUCUCUCAGUGCGGUUGGCAGACUUAUUUGUAUAUUACCGUUGUAAGCGUUAAUUUAUAAGGGGGCAGAGUUGAAACGAGUCUUAAAAGCAAUGUGUGGAUAUAUGGUUGAAUUUUGUUAUGUUAAUAAUUAGGUUUGUCGCUUCGAGUCGCUAAACUCUGCGUCCUUAUACAUUGACUAACUGCCACACUCAGACACAUUUAAUGAUUACUUAAACUAUUCCUUAGUAACGAUUUUGUUUCGAAAACAAUUGCUAAGGACUGGGUUAAGUAAUCAUUAAAUGACUUUGAGGCAGUAAACAAAUCACAUUUGAUUAUGCUUUAAGCAUAUAUUAACAUGUGUAAAUGAAAGCAUAGCUAACGCCCGAAUACUGAAAGGCUACUCAAUUUUAAGUUGUACUUAAAUAUCGUGCUAUCUCUGUCAUUUUAUAAAGAAUUGAUAGGGACAGAACUAGUUUUGAGAGCGUCUUAAAAUUGAGUAGCGUUUGAGUAGCGUUUAAGACAGUUUUUGCCGAACUAACCUCGGCGUUUGUUUUUGUAACAAUAUUUAUCAUUUUGUAUACUUUUUAAUGUAAUAUAUGUUAUAUAAUGUGUAAUGUGUCGGUUUGAGUGUAAAAACAAUUGUUUGACAAUACAAACUGGUUCCUAAAUGAGUGGUUUUGUCAAACAAUGUGUUGUUGAACCGACGCCUGGAGUCAGUGUUUUAAAAUUAUGUCUUGUAUUGAAUCUCAUUUUGUAUGGACGCUUUAAUUGUUCGUGUGGUUUUUAGUAAUGUCUUUUUUGAUAACGGAAAAAUAUGAUAAAUCUUGGAAAAAAAUGUAAAUUAUUGGAUUUUUAUGCUUUGCCGUCGAGUUCGAACAUCAAAGUCAAAGUAUUUAUUCCAAUUAAACAAUAAAUAGAUACUUUUGAAAUGUCAACAAAUAAAGAAAUAAAUAAUAGUCUGUCAAUCUGUCCGUCAGUGAAGCUAAAUGCUACACUUUGCAAUGAGCACCUAGCUUCACUGACAGACUAUUAUUUGUUGACGUUUCAAAAGUACCUAUUUAUGGUUUAAUUGGAAUAAAUGUUUUGAUCUUGCAACGUCACGCCUUUUAUCUCCGAAGGGGUAGGCAGAGGUCCACAUUACGGCUUAUUAUAAAUGCUUGGACUUAAAAAAAGACAUUACUAAAUAACACACACAUGCACACGGCUUUACACAAUAAGUUUUAAAACACUGAUCUUGUUUGUUGUAUCGCAUAGUGCACUGUAUCGGUUAAACGCAUUUUCAUUCCCAAGUAUUGAUAUUAAAAAUUAACUAAAUCUUGUAAUAUUUUGUAUUUUCUUUCCCCAAAUUUCUGUUCAAACUGUGAUUCCCAAUGUCUGGGUAACAUGGGAAUUAGUUUUUCCGGGGCUUUUAGCAUUUAUUUACUCAUAUGAAAGUCGUAUUUACCUACUUCUAAGAUGCUUGGGAAUGUUCCAACGAUUGGGAAUGAAUAAGGAAAUUUUCCCAUACAUUGGUAAAAUUCCCAAUCGCUGGAAUUAUGUGUUAGACACCGAUUUUACUUAAAAAUUACAUAAAUAUAUUAAAAUAAACUUAAUUCCAAUGACUUUUAAGUGCAUUUUUGGUGGAAUAAUUAUGUGAUUUUUAAGUAAAAGUGUAUCAGUUGGCUAUGUGAUAUUGUUAUAUGUAAGACGUGCAUUUAAAGUAUAUUUAACGCUUGAGUGCGAGGACGCAGUGUCAAAUACCCAUAAUUACUUACUGUAUUUAAAUUUAUUAUUAAUAAUUGAUUAUUAAUGUACGAUAGUUAUGAAUAAAUGAUUUUUAAGCCUUUA